AUGCUUGCCGCAAUGCAGACUCAAGACGUGUUUGGAGGAGUUGGAGGUCGAUAUGGGCAGUCCAAGUUUGCCCCGGAAAACACUGGUUUCAGUCACGGUGCAUACAAUACAAAUCACGCUCCUUUCCACCCUUUCCCUGACCGGAAUGGUCGAAAGCCUACCAUUCCCUCAAUAGCCACCGCAGGCAAGGACCAGCACAUCUACCUCCCCAACGAGCAGACCCCGAGUGGAGAUUACAGCAUGAACUUUACACCAUUGCUGCCUUCUCAGCUGCUUCUCGGCAGCCCUUUUCAACCUGGCUCCCCAGGUUCUUUUGCUUCUCCUCAAUUCCCAAGCUUCAAUCGUUUCACGCCUGGUACCAAUGCCUUGCAUCACCAGACUCAGCAAUAUCAACAGAACCAGCAGGCCCAGCUGGCCAGUCCUACCCAAGCCAAUGCAAACCCAAUGUCCCCUCAGACGUAUCAAGCCGUCAUGUCACCUGAUACAUACACGGCAGCUUCUCCUACAGGCUUUUCAGGUCUCGGCGGUGCUGCCUUUGGACACUAUCAGCCUAUGGUGGGCAUGCAAGGCACGUGGAUGGGCAGCACGAGUCGUACGGUCUACUUGGGCAACAUUCCUGCUGAUACUCCUGCCGAGGAGAUUCUCAACCAUGUUCGCAGUGGCCAGAUCGAAUCUGUCCGCCUCCUUCCCGAGAAGAACUGCGCCUUUAUUUCCUUCCUUGACAGCAGCUCUGCCACCCAUUUUCAUUCCGAUGCGAUUUUGAAAAAGCUCGCGAUCAAGGGAAACGAUAUCAAGAUUGGUUGGGGGAAACCAUCCCAGGUACCCACUUCUGUUGCUCUCGCUGUUCAACAGUCGGGUGCUUCCCGCAAUGUUUACCUAGGAAACCUCCCUGAAGAGACAGGAGAGCAGGAGCUGAGAGAGGAGCUGGGCAAGUUCGGCCCGGUUGACACCAUCAAAUUGGUCCGUGAAAAGGCGAUUGCGUUUGUCCAUUUCCUCUCCAUCGGACAUGCUGUCAAGGCGGUGUCUCAGCUCCCACAAGACCCCAAAUGGGGACCACCUCGUCGCGUGUAUUAUGGCAAGGAUCGAUGUGCCUAUGUUUCCAAGACUCAGCAACAGAAUGCCGCACAGUACCUGGGAAUCGCCCCUGGUUAUGCCCAUGUUCUCAACGGAGCUGAUCGGGAUUUGAUAUCCAACGCUCUGGCCCAGCAAUCAGUAGCUGCCGCUGCCGUGGCUACAACUGCUGGCGGAGUCAACAAUCUCGGGAAUCGUACUGUGUACUUGGGCAACAUCCACCCCGAGACGACCAUUGAGGAGAUCUGCAAUGUUGUUCGAGGCGGACUCCUCCACCACAUUCGCUACAUUCCCGACAAGCAUAUCUGCUUUGUGACGUUCAUUGACCCCACCUCGGCGGCAUCGUUCUACGCCCUCAGCAAUCUUCAAGGCCUGAUGAUUCACAACCGAAGAUUGAAAAUUGGAUGGGGCAAACAUUCGGGUGCUUUGCCACCUGCCAUUGCUUUGGCUGUGAGUGGAGGAGCCUCGCGCAAUGUGUACGUGGGUAACCUUGACGAAAGUUGGACCGAGGAGAGACUCAGGCAAGACUUUUCCGAAUAUGGUGAGAUUGAGUUGGUCAACACUUUACGAGAGAAAAGCUGUGCCUUUGUCAACUUCACCAACAUUGCGAAUGCUAUCAAGGCCAUUGAAGCGGUACGUUCACGGGACGAGUAUAAGCGAUUCAAGAUCAAUUUUGGCAAGGAUCGAUGUGGCAAUCCCCCGCGUCAAAACUUGAAUACAGCCAACGGAAACAAUGGACGCAUGCCUGGUACUCUCGACGGUGCUGGCUCUCCCGUCACCAUGAAUGGGUUUGAACAUGCUGUGUCUCAGACUGGCUCUAGUCCAACCAGAUCGACCAUUCCUUUGGGACCCAAAGCCGCCAUGAAUGGACAACCCCAACCUCUUCGUCAACAGACCAUGCCGACCACUCCUUCGGCCAUUCUGAAUGCUGGGAACAACAAUCCAUUGACCAUGUAUUUGACCCAUGUGUCUCAACAGCAACAAGCCCAGGCCGAGCAGGAUCUACGUGACGACAACAUGUCGUUUGCUACACUGCAACAGCAACAGAACCAGGCGUUGGCCAAUCAGCAAGCGGCACUUUACGGAGAGAUGCCCAAUGGCCACAGUGGAUUGGACAGCGCAACUCACACUCAUGUGCCCCGCCAAAGCAGCAUCAGUGGUGGAUUUGGAACCGGGCAAUUGAGCAAUGGUGCAUCCACGACGGUGGGAGGCCUUUUGGCCCCUACCAAUACCGGUCUAGGUGCGAGCAGAAGUGCACAUUCUCGAGCAGUGUCCCUACCUGCCUUCUCACAAGAGUUGUUCGGUACUGGACAGUCGACACAACCUGGACCAUCGUCAUCUCGAGCAUUUGGUGGACACGCCUCGCAGGGAAGCUUUGGCGGGUUUGGGUCAGCGUUUGGCACUGGAUUUGGUACCAGUGGCUACAACGGAUUGGGGCUCUCGAGUGACAGCCGAGGUGGGCUGUCUGGAUGGGCAGAAGAGGAAAUUGGCGCCAAAUAA